CUUAAACUGAAUGCUGCAAAAUUCUCCGUAAUAAAAAUCGAAAAUGGACUCCCCAAUGGACGGCACGCGCAUCAUGGAGUCGCUAAUCCUGUCAGACGCGCUGGAAAAGGAGGAAGAGAUCCAAAUAAUGGCGGAAGACGAGUUUCAGCGGAAAAAACGCGAAAUCGUGAAGGUUAAAGUGGCGGAAAUCGACAAGAUCUGGGCGGAAAAGCACAAGAAGUUGAUGACGGAACACGCCAUGCAAGUGGACAAGUACCAACACGACAGCAAGAUGAAGGUGCAAGAGGCGAGGACGAAGUGCGUGGAGAUGAUCGAGGCGGACGUCAUGCAAGGCCUCGUCGAGCACAUCAAGAACGAGAAAAAUUACCGCGUCAUACUGAAACAGCUGAUAGUGCAAGCGUUGUGCAUGCUGCUCGAAAGAGAAGUGUCGAUAUCCGUAAUGAAGCGAGAUGUUGAUUUGGUGAAAAAAGUCCUCGAUGAAGCUGCAAAAGAAUACCGCAAACUAUCAGGAGAAACUGUAAAAAUUACUAUUAGUAAUCAAAUUUUGGGAAAUGAUUGUAUCGGAGGAGUUAAGGCUUACGCUAAGGACAACAAAAUUCUACUCGAUAAUACCUUAAUCGUUCGCAUCAGGCAAACUAUUGACUCUAAUUUGCCAUUAAUUCGACUUAUUUAUACAUGAAUAUAAAUCCAGUAAAUAUGAGAUUUAAUUUUUUUUUAAAUAUAAAAAAAAUAUUAACAUUUGUUUACCUGGUGAAAAAAUCCAGGGCAAAUUAGGC